AUGGCAAACCAGCCUAAUGCUUCAUUCAAUGUAUCUGAAGAAGAAAGAUGGGAAUAUCUGAACAGGCGCCAGUCGGACAACAACAUUGCCAAUAUCCCAUCAUUUUUAUUUAUGGCUCUGGCUUUUGUCAGUGGAAUCAUCGGGAAUUCCCUGAUUCUAAUUGUUUAUUCACGGAAACGGAACAAAACACCAACUGUAAUCUUGAUCCAGGCUAUAGCUGUGAUGGACACACUCACUAAUCUUGUUAUGAUUCCAGGUACAGCUUAUCAAAUGAGUCACACAUGGACGUACACAAAUGUCACCAUCUGUAAAUUGCAUUAUUUCUGUAACAGUGUGACAUCGUGGACAUCGGCCAUUCUGUUGUUGGUUGUUGCCAUAGUUAGAUACAGGAAGAUCUGCAAACCUUUUGGAAAACAAAUCAACAACAAAACAACCAAAAUAAUUUGCGCCUUCGUUGUAGUAUUGUCGAUCGUAUUCAGCUUACCGUUUGCAGUCUUCUAUGGCAUCAAAACUUCAGACAUUGGGCAUAAAGGCAAAAUACGCUACAACUGUGGAGUAUCUGACGCGUAUGUCCACUCACCCUGGCCAAUGAUUUGCCUCGGGCUGUUUAUUAUUGUCUUCAUUACCUGUUCCGUGACCCUUUCCACGCUCUACAUUUUGAUUGGUUUAGAGGCCAGAAGACGCCGAGUCUACUCAGGUGUGGUAUCGAUACAAACAAAUAAUCGGCUACAAUACAUUGAGCAGAUUAGAGUAGAAGUCAAUCGACCUUCAGACGAGUCACAUAGUGAAUCGGAUAAAGCGCAUGACAUGGAUAUGUCAAGAAUAAAUCACGUAAAUCAUGAUUGCAAUCUUAGCACCGAUGUCGUAAAUACAACAGAAACUGAUGUAAGUGAUAAUGAUGUAUCUUUCAAAAACAACACAGCCGUUCCAACUCCAGUGACCACUACAUCUGUUCCUGCAGUGAACUCUAAAGACGUGUCUUCAGACACCAUUAUAUCUGCUGCAACAGCGAUCUGUAAUGCAAGUCAAGCAUCAAGUCACAAAGAUAAAAAAAUCAAGAAAACAAGACAUCAAAAACCUGCAGGUAAAACAACUCGUAUGCUAGUAGCAACCAGCGUCAUCUACAUCAUCAGCUACCUGAGUACUUUUGUCACAAUUUUGGUAGCAAUCGCCUUCAAGUUAACCGAUUAA